AUGCCGCCGACCAAGAUUGAGAAGAAAAAGGCCACGACCAAAAAGAAGAUAGUCCAAGCAAUCUUGGACAUCAAAAUCAAUAAAUUUUCUUUCUCACAGCUUAGGGCGUCAGUUGCACAACUCACGUCAAUGGUGCAGAACGAAGAAUAUGAACUACCAACCCUGGCAAUCUCAUCGCUAAACAUUGACGAUGUACAAUCUACUCUCAAUAUCAAGUUUUCGCUUAACAACCUUGAGUUCCGAGAUCAAGGUCAGAUUGAAUUCUCUCCUUCUUUCGGUACAUAUACCCAAACGAGAAUUGAAGUUAAUGCGACAUCUGACCAAUUUGAAAAAGCCGAAUGGACUGAAAAGACGAUCAAAGCAUUUGAGAAUUCCGACGCUAAUGAAGCAAUGUCCCGUGUCAUCCUCAACAAUCUUCUUACUUUCUCACAUGAUUAUGUGACCUCAAAGUCUGACAGCACUGGGCACGAUGUGCACCUCAAUGCCGAGGGCCUAUGGCGUUAUGGCCCCGUGACAUACAAAGGAGCCAAGUACGACCUGACUGGACGCCCGGACUAUACAUUGUGGUACGGGACAGAGGCCGAAGUCGCUGUCAGCGUUGUCGUUGUGGAAGCCAAGUCAGGCGCAUCUGCCAUGUCCGGGGUCUCCCAAGCGCUGGCAUAUAUGGGAUGUGUUCACCGCAGGAGGAAAGACCUGAUGAAGACUGACACAACUGUGUACGGUGUUGCAACGGAUGGACAGUAUUUUGUUUUUUUGAAAAUCAACAACAAUUCUGAAUGGUCGGAAUAUAUCAUCUCUGCACGCAACAACAACUUCCAGGAGGUGAUUGGGUUGCUUGUGCAUAUCUUCCGUACUGCUAUGACCAUUUCGCCGCUGCAGUCGGAGGAGACCUCACUUGCAAGCCAUUCAAAGGAGUCCUCCAGCCUGUCGUACAUUGAAUUUGAUGCAGAGGAAGAGGUUGAUAGCGAGGAGGAAAUCUGA